GAGCUGUGUAGCCGAAGCUCCAAUGCUCUCUCCACUUGCCCCGCUCGGCAUUGUAAGCUUGAGAUCCUUUUGAAGCUCAUAUAGAACAUUAUUAUUUGACUUCGAGCUUUCGUCCUCUUUCAAUCUCUACGGCUUGACGAGCAAACUAAAGAAUAUUGAACAAUCAUGGGCGGCGAGACGUCAAAUAGAGCUCCAAGCUCAUACCCGACGCUUGCCAAAUACCCUGUAGGCCAAAAGAUCCAGAGCAUCUACAAGGAUCGUCUCAGGCAAUUUACAGAUGGGGGCCAAUAUGGAGGCCAAAGUCUGCUCUCAGUGCUUUAUGAAGGCCGAGCAUCAGGUGAUGAUUUUGUAAAGCUGUCGGUUUACUCCGUUCCAAACCUUGAAAGGCCGCCAUUCAAAGAAGCUGUGUCCCACGAAUUCAAGCCUACUCGAGUUGGUGAAUCGUUCGGACCCAGCUGGUCAACGCAUUGGUUCAAGAUCGAGCUACAAGUUCCUUCGGAUCUGCAGCAUAAAGAACGCUUAGAGUUUCACUGGGAUGCGAGUAAUGAAGGACUCAUAUGGACCGAAGAUGGUACUCCUCUACAGGGUCUCACCGGUGGCGGAGAGCGCAACGAGUGGAUCUUACCUAAUGCAUUCAGAGACGGUAAAAGGCAUACCUUCUACAUCGAAAUGGCAUGUAAUGGCAUGUUCGGAAAUGCUCCUGGUGGAGAUUCCAUCCAGCCGCCUAAUCCGGACAAGUAUUUCCGGUUGAACCUGGCCGAUAUUGUCGCUGUGAACCUGGAAGCUAAAGCACUGUUCGUUGACUUUUGGAUUAUUGGCGAUGCUGCACGGGAAUUUCCUGGCGAUUCCUGGCAAUCUCAUGAAGCUCUCCAGGUUGGCAAUGCCAUUAUUGAUGCUUUCAUCGAAGGAAAGGGAAGUCAAGAGUCUGUCCUGGAGGGGCGAAAGAUUGCGAAGAAAUACCUCGGUGACAAGGUUAACUCGUCGAAAGUUUAUGACACUGAGCAUGAGCCGCUUGUUUAUGCAAUUGGUCAUUGCCACAUUGAUACAUGCUGGCUAUGGCCUUGGGCCGAGACGAAAAGAAAGGUAGCCCGUUCAUGGGCUAAUCAGUGUGACUUGAUGGACAGAUACCCCGAGCAUAGAUUUUGUUGCUCUCAAGCCCAACAGUACAAGUGGCUGGAACAGCUCUACCCCGCGCUUUAUGAUCGUGUGAAGGACAAGGUGAAAAAGGGGACGUUUCAACCAAUCGGUGGGAGCUGGGUUGAGCAUGAUACAAACAUGCCUAGCGGCGAGUCACUUGUACGACAAUUUCUGUACGGACAACGAUUCUUUGAGAGCCAUUUUGGCGACCGUUGCAGGACUUUUUGGCUUCCGGAUACUUUCGGAUACUCCAGCCAGCUGCCACAAUUGUGCCGACUCGCUGGGAUGAAGCGGUUUUUUACUCAAAAGCUAAGCUGGAACAAUAUCAAUAAUUUCCCGCAUACCACCUUCAACUGGGUCGCUCUUGACGGCAGCCAAGUUAUUUGUCAUAUGGCACCAUCAGAGACAUAUACGGCCGACGCGCAUUUUGGUGACGUUAAGCGCAGUAUCACCCAACACAAGUCUAUGGACCAGGAUGCGACAUCUCUGCUUGUCUUUGGAAAAGGUGACGGAGGCGGUGGCCCCACAUAUGAGCAUUUAGAGAAGCUCAGGCGCUGUCGCGGCUUGAGUGACACCGUAGGGCUACUUCCGCGUGUUAAAAUGGGGCAUUCGGUGGAAGACUUCUUCGAUAGGCUCGAAAAGCGGGCAGAGGAUGGCACGGAGUUUGUGACUUGGUUUGGGGAACUCUAUUUUGAACUCCAUCGAGGCACCUACACCACGCAGGCAAAUAACAAGCGCAACAAUAGGAAGGCAGAAAUCCUUCUGCACGAUGUUGAGCUUUUAGCUACCUUUGCCAGUCUCAAAGAUAUUGCUCAUAAAGGGGAUUCUUACAAGUAUCCCAAGAAAGAGAUUGAUGAAAUGUGGGAGAAGGUUUUACUUUGUCAAUUCCACGACUGUUUGCCCGGAAGUUCGAUCGAAAUGUGCUACGAUGACUCAGAUAAGCUUUAUGCGGAAGUAUUUGAGACGGGCGAGAAAUUGCUCGAAGACAUACUCUCUUUCCUUGGAUUUUCGAAGCGUGUUUCGUCUGACUCCACUUUAACAGCGGUGAACACCCUGCCUUGGUCCCGUGCUGAGAUACUUGAAUUGCCCCAUACAGAAAACGACUCUGGAGCUCCUCAAUAUUGCCUUAUGGCUGGCGAUACCGGUAUUCUGAAGCACCAAACGCUGUCAGAAAAGUCUCCAGAAUCCUCAGUGUCUGUAAAAGAGGUCAAGAAGGGUGUAUUUCAAAUUGCCAACAAAGACUACAAGAUCGAAGUUGUAGGUGGAAGCAUUACUUCACUCGUUGACCUUGCCGUCGAUCGUGAACUUAUUCCAUCUGGGGAAAAAGCCAACCAACUCGUUAUCUUUGACGACAAACCUCUUUACUGGCAGGCAUGGGAUGUUGAAGUAUAUCACUUAGAGUCCCGCCAAGAGCUUCCGGCUGGGAAGACUGAGAUCUUGGAAAGUGGUCCACACAAAGCAAGCUUGGUGACCGAAACCCGGAUCAGUGAGAAUAGCUGGGUCAAGACAAUUAUAAGUCUCAAAGCCAGCGUCGAGGGACAAAAGUCCUACGUGGAGAUGGAGAGUGAAGUCGAGUGGAGAGAAAAGAUGAAAUUCCUGAAGGUGGAAUUCCCAGUCGACAUCCGCAAUACAGAAGCAUCAUACGAAACUCAGUAUGGCAUUGUCAAGAGGCCAACUCAUUACAAUACCAGCUGGGACAUGGCAAAAUUCGAAGUCUGCUGUCAUAAAUGGGCGGAUCUCUCGGAAAAUGGCUACGGAGUUUCAAUCCUCAAUGACUCGAAAUAUGGCUUCGCCACUUGUGGCAAUUUGAUGCGUCUCUCGCUUCUUCGUGCUCCGAAGGCGCCGGAUGCUCAUGCUGACAUGGGUCGCCAUCAUAUCCGAUAUGCAAUCUUCCCGCAUGCAGGACCACUCGAUGCGCGAACAGUUCGUGCAGCGUAUAACUUCAACCAUCCUCUGAAAUUGCGCUCGCAUCUUUCAUCCACAACCGCAACGGCGUCAUUAUUGCAAGCGGUCAAACUCGAGGGCUUCCCGUCGCUUGUGCUCGACACGAUCAAAAGGGGCGAGGACGAUGAAGAUGUAUCGAAGGGUGAAUUACCCACUCGCAAGGGUCGAAGUGUGAUUGUCAGAAUCUACGAGGCUCUUGGUGGCAAGAGCCGAGGCACUAUCAAGACCACCUUGCCGGUCAAGAAAGUGUGGAAAUGUAACGUGCUUGAAGACGAUGGCGAAGAACUUGGUAUAUCCGAUGGCCAGGUGCAGGUUGAAUUGCGACCGUUUGAGGUGGCCACCUUCCGUCUCCAGCUUGAAUGAGCAGAUGUGUAACUUUGCCUCAUGCUGUAGCAACAAUCUGUGAGCAUGGCGAGUAUACUUGACUAUAUACGUCC